AGCCGCUGCACCGUACUGCUGCUAGUGUUGAAAACAUGUCGGCAGGUUACAUGUUCUGUCGCGGCGUGCUAACAUUUGGAAUACAUCGCCAGCUUGUUUGUAAAGAUGUUACACUUUCUCAGGUUAGAGGGAAGAAACGAUGGGUAAGGACAUACGAGUACCUGAUGGCGAAGAAGUUAAAGCUUGAAGGACCUCCUCCACCGAAGCCACGGUCGCAGCAUCCUAACUGGGAUUAUCAAGCUGAGGUUCAAGCUUUCAGCACCCGCCUCCAUGAGAACUUCUCCCUGGAUCUACUUAAAACGGCCUUCGUCAAUCCGUGCUACGUGCAGGCGGAGCAGGAGAAGAGGAAGGAGUUUGGUGUGGACUCAGAGACCACAGCUCUGGUUCUUCAGGAUAAUGUUCAGCUGAGUCAGAAGGGAGCAGAUUUGACCAAAAGCUUCCUGACUGACUGGUGCAGGGCAACUUUCCCUAAUCUGCCUGAUGAGGGGGUGGAGAGUAUUGUGGGGUAUCUCACCAGCCCAGCCGUUGUGACGAACAUCGCAAGGAAUUUGGGCGUUGAGGAACUUACCUCGAGUGCAGAGUUCCCCGUUCCAGAUGAUGUGCUCUGUUCUACAUUCAUGGCUGUGAUCGGAGCUCUGCAGGAAAGCAGUGGAGCUGAGAGAACUGGAUUUUUUCUUAGAGACUUCCUGGUAACUCAGCUAAUAGGAAAAGACCUGUUCGACAUGUGGACUGUGGUCAACCCUAUGGGGUUACUGGUGGAGGAAAUGACAAAGAGAAGCGUUGCUUUGCCAGAGCCUCGUCUCAUCAGAGCUGCUGGAACCAGUACUGUCCUACCACUCUACUUUGUAGGCCUAUACAGUGAUAAGAAGUUCCUGGCUCAGGGUCCAGGAGAGACGCUUGUUGGAGCUGAGGAAGAAGCAGCACGAGUGGCUCUUCGCAAACUUUACGGUUACAUUGAAAACCGCAAACCCUUCAACUUCCCUCCACAACAGCAGCCUCAACAACCGUUACUUCAUUCAGCCAGCAGCAAUUAAUUCACAUCAGUUAUACUACAGUAUAAAACGAAGUACAAGAAGCACAGAUUGGCUUGAACCUUUCACAGAUGAUGGUUAAAUCUGUGUUCCUAAAGUGUUACUAACAAGUACACUAUAGGACAAUUCUGAUGAGCUUUUACGUUGCAGGAGCAGCGGUCUCGUCUGAAUGAGAAGUCUAAUAACUGCUGUGUUAAACAGACCGCCUGGUUUGUGUUGAUAUGAUCUUAUAUUCAGUAAUUAAUUUUGCUUGUUGAUAAACAGCAGAUUCUUUGGUAUAUUGGAGAAAUUAGCCCUGACAUCUGAUUCUUCACUUGUAAA